CACAGUCUGUCUACAACUUUCUUAACCAAAACGCGAAUAUGAUGUCUUACCUUCAACAAGCACCUUAUCCCGUCAACGGGCUGAGUUUAACUACCACAGGAAUAGACCUGCUGCACCAGUCCGCGGCUUAUACAGCAACUCCGCGUAAACAGAGACGAGAGCGCACCACAUUCAAUCGAGCGCAGCUGGAUGUACUGGAGACCCUGUUCACAAAGACGCGCUAUCCAGACAUAUUUAUGCGGGAAGAAGUGGCCUUAAAAAUCAAUUUAUCUGAAUCUAGAGUACAGGUUUGGUUCAAAAACCGAAGAGCAAAGUGUCGCCAACAACAGCAGCAAAACGAGAGCAGCGCGCAGACUUGCAACAAACCAGUAAAGAGCAAGAACCCUCCAGUCAGAGAAAUGACUUCAAGCCCUUCCAGCACCUCCUUACCGGUCACAUCCAGUCCGACCGCCGCAGUGUCCAUAUGGAGCCCCGCAUGCAUCUCUCCAGUCUGGGACCCACUUUCUUCCUCCUCAUCUGCCAACAUACAAAGAUCUUACCCCAUGACAUACACCCAGGCGUCGGGAUACAGCCAGGGCUCGAUGUCUUACUUCAGUGGAAUGGACUGCGGCUCUUAUCUCGGGUCUGUGCAUCAUUAUCCACUCACCUGUUCGGCGCAGGGUUACGCGCCCACGGGUCUCGGGUUCGACGCAUCCUCGGACUGCUUGGAUUACAAGGAGCAAAGCGCUUCGUGGAAGUUCGGUUUCAAAUCAGACUGUUUGGAUUACAAAGAUCCGACGUCGUCCUGGAAAUUCCAGGUGUUGUAAAAUGCACAGAAAGUCUAAGAAAGUGAACUAUCUUAGUCAAAGAACUCUUUCCAUCGCAAAUAACCUUUUUCGUAAGAAAAAAAGUGGAUGUUGUGGACGUUGAAUGUUCUUUCUGUCAGUACGCAGUUAAAAUGAAUUAUGAGAAUAAUUGUGCAGAAUGUGUUUGCACAAAGCGAACAACUUGAAGGCACAGAACUGGCCAGGUUUUAUGAAAACCUCUUUGAUCAAUGCAGAGUUUUCAAACGCACUAUUGUAUUUAUUUAUAUUUUGUAAAGAUUUUGUGGUUUUUGUUGCGUAUUAGUUUUGUGUUUUUAUUGUUCUUCUGUAUUGUUGU